AUGGCUAAAGAAAUUACAAAUAGUAGAGGAGUUGUGUGUCUCUCUGAACAAUAUGUUAAUAAUAGUACUCCAAUGCUUUGGAAAUACAUGAAUGGUCUAAGCUUCAUCAUGCAAAACAUCAUAAUACUAGGAGCCCAAAGUGUGCUAUUGGAAAUAAUUGUACCUGAACAAUUGAAAAUACAAGGAAGUUUGCAGAAAAAAGACAAGAUACUCUUGAAUGUCAGUACAAAGAAGGCCAUGGGUUAA